CUGGUGUUAGAUAUAAAUACUGGUCAAGAAUUCAAUCAAAGAAUCAUUCCAUUCCAUUGAACAUUGAUCAAUUGAACAAUCAAGAAAAAAAAAUCAUCAUGUUUCGAUUAACCAUUUGUUUGGCUUUGGUUGGCAUGGCUGCCGCUGCCGCUUUUAUGCCAUUAUCAGUAUCACAUGGUAAUUUGUAUUCGGGCACUAAAUUUAUCUCUAGCGGUAAUUAUGGCCUUGGCGGUCUAUCAUUGUUGGCUCGACCAUCAAUGAUGACUACCAAUUAUUUGACUUAUGCUGCUCAACCGAAUUUAUUGGCCGCACAAGCUAUCGAAACCGGACCAAUCGUUGCUGCUGUUAACUCGAAUCAUAAAUUAUCAAUGUACGAUGUACCAUCCACAUUUUCGGCAAUGGCUCCAUUGAAUAUCGAAGUUCCAUCAUCGUCACCAACAGUGAAUUUCUUGAUGAAAUCACGAUCAUCCAACAUUAAUGUUGAAAGCCUCCAUGAAGGUCAAGCUGGAACUUUGAAAGAAACCGCCUCUGAAGAUCAACCACACAUCAAUCGCCAUACUGUUCAUCGUCCAAUAGUACAGGAAGUGCGAGAAAUUAUUUCACCAUAUCGACGAAUUGAACAAAAAAUCAAUCCAGUACAAGAACAAAUGGAAACUAUUGUUCCACGUGGUCAACAACAAAUCGCCUAUGCUGCUCAACCACUUUCCAUUGCACAACCGAUUGUACAAACAGCAGUUCCGUUGAUACAAGCACGAGCUCCUGCCGUUUCGGUUAUCGGUUUGAAAUCAUAUGGUUUGACUGAUUUCGCUGGUGCUGCAUACAAACCAUAAAUAAAAAACACAUCCAUGUUACAGCAGGCAAAAUCAUUUUUUUUCUAUUCAAAAACAAAAAAAAAAAAAACAAACAGGAAAAUUCCAUUGAAUUCUGCUGCUGCCAAAAAAAAAAACAACACAAAAAAUGGCUUCCUGUCGUCAUAAUCUUCAAAUCAUCAUCAUCAUCAGAUAAAUGAUAACCUGCGCACAACAUUCUUAAAU